AUGGCCGAAGAAGGUCGUGACGUCCUCUGCGAUACCCUUUCACACUCACAGUGCCGGUGCCUACAGUGGGCAGGUAGUCAAGGAGGCAUUGGUAACCGGCCAUGUACAAAGUUGGUAGUGCCAUCCAUCACUGACGUGAGGAGAGGAGAGGACUUGCGACCAAGAGGACUGGAGUUCGGGAGAGCUUCCAUGCAGAAAUUGCUUGGCUCGAGUCCAAGAGGAAUUGGCCGCAUUGAUUGGCGGGGACUUCCAGGACUUUUGGCCGAGUACCAUAAGGCGUAG